CUUUAGGAUGUCUCCUAACCCCGUGGCUGUUUCUCUUCCCAGUGGCCCUGCAGAUGCCAGAAGGGCUCCUCAUGUUCGCCUGCACCAUCGCUGACAUCAUUGAGCGGUUCACGGAUGCAGAGGCAGUGGUGAUGGGAGAUGUGACCUACGGCGCCUGCUGCGUGGAUGACUACACGGCCCGGGCCCUGGGCGCUGAUUUCCUGGUGCACUAUGGACACAGCUGCCUCAUUCCCAUUGACUCCACCCAGGGGCUGAAGAUGCUCUAUGUGUUUGUGGACAUAAAGAUCGAUGCAUCCCAUUUCCUUGAGACCAUUCGCUUCAACUUUGCAGCAGGCACCUCCCUGGCCCUGGUCAGCACCAUCCAGUUUGUCUCCACGUUGCAGGCAGUGUCACAGGAGCUGCGUUCCCAGUACAAGGUGUGUGUGCCCCAGUGUAAGCCACUGUCCCCAGGAGAGAUCCUGGGCUGCACGUCACCCCGGCUCGCUCAGGACACGGAUGCCAUUGUGUAUUUGGGCGAUGGGCGCUUCCACCUGGAGUCCAUCAUGAUCGCCAACCCAGGGAUACCUGCAUACAGGUACGAUCCCUACAGCAAAGUGUUCUCGCAGGAGCACUACAGCCACGAGCGCAUGCACCGCGCCCAGCAGGACGCCAUCCUCACUGCCAGCUCUGCCCGCUGCUGGGGGCUCAUCCUGGGCACGCUGGGACGUCAGGGCUCCCCCAGCAUCCUGCAGCACCUGGAGUCACGUCUCCGUGCCUUGGGCCGGCCCUAUGUGAGGGUGCUGCUGUCUGAGAUCUUCCCCAGCAAGUUAAAGCUCUUCCCAGAGGUGGAUGUGUGGGUGCAGGUAGCCUGUCCCCGGCUCUCCAUCGACUGGGGAGAAGCCUUCAGCAAGCCACUGCUGACACCCUAUGAGGCUGCAGUGGCUCUCCAGGACAUCGAGUGGCAGCAGCCUUAUCCCAUGGACUUCUAUGCCAGCCAGUCCCUGGGGCCGUGGACGGUGAACCACG